GAGAGGCCGGGCGGGCCGGAGCUGCGGGCUGGGGAGCGCGCGGCGGGCAGGGGGCGGAGCCCGAGCCCCAGCCCGAGCCGGAGCCGGAGAGCGGCGGCCGCACUCGGACCUGGGAGCCCGUGCGCUGCCUGCGAUUCGCCUCUGAGGGUGUUUUGUAGGUGAUUUGUGUUCACUUCUUGCAUACCUACCUCGAAAUAAAUAUUUUGGUUAAUUAACCCGAAACUGCUGGUGGCGUGAUCAUAUACUUUUAUGCCUACAUGACCUGAAACAACUUGCGGUUAAAUUCCUAAGGAUAAAAACACGUCUGGUAGCUGUAUGCAUUGCUGGAGCCGAGAAAGACUGUACGAUGAAUGGUGACACACGGGCCGCGGUGGUGACCUCGCCACCCCCGACCACAGCGCCUCACAAGGAGAGGUACUUCGACAGGGUGGACGAGAACAACCCAGAGUACCUGCGGGAGAGGAACAUGGCGCCAGACCUGCGCCAGGACUUCAAUAUGAUGGAGCAGAAAAAGAGGGUGUCCAUGAUCCUGCAGAGCCCUGCCUUCUGCGAAGAGUUGGAAUCAAUGAUACAGGAACAAUUUAAGAAGGGGAAGAAUCCCACAGGCCUGUUGGCAUUACAGCAGAUUGCAGAUUUUAUGACCACGAACGUACCGAACGUCUACCCCGCAGCUCCUCAAGGGGGGAUGGCCGCCUUAAACAUGAGUCUUGGUAUGGUGACUCCUGUGAAUGAUCUGAGAGGGUCUGAUUCAAUCGCCUAUGACAAAGGGGAGAAGCUACUGCGGUGUAAGUUGGCAGCAUUUUACCGAUUGGCAGAUCUGUUUGGAUGGUCUCAGCUUAUCUACAAUCAUAUCACAACCAGAGUGAGCUCCGAGCAGGAACAUUUCCUCAUCGUUCCCUUUGGACUUCUCUACAGUGAAGUGACUGCAUCCAGCUUGGUUAAAAUCAAUUUACAAGGAGAUAUAGUAGAUCGUGGGAGCACUAAUCUGGGAGUAAAUCAGGCUGGCUUCACAUUACAUUCUGCAAUUUAUGCUGCAAGGCCCGACGUGAAGUGUGUGGUCCAUAUUCACACGCCAGCAGGGGCCGCGGUCUCUGCGAUGAAAUGUGGCCUCUUGCCGAUCUCCCCGGAGGCACUUUCCCUUGGAGAAGUGGCUUAUCAUGAUUAUCAUGGGAUUCUGGUUGAUGAGGAAGAAAAAGUAUUAAUUCAGAAAAAUUUGGGCCCUAAAAGCAAGGUUCUUAUUCUGCGGAACCACGGGCUCGUGUCUGUUGGAGAGAGCGUCGAGGAGGCUUUCUACUACAUCCACAACCUUGUGGUCGCCUGUGAGAUCCAGGUUCGGACUCUGGCCAGUGCAGGAGGGCCAGACAACUUAGUCCUCUUGGAUCCUGGCAAGUACAAAGCCAAGUCCCGUUCCCCGGGGUCCCCGUCAGGGGAGGGCACCAGCUCACCUCCCAAGUGGCAGAUCGGCGAGCAAGAGUUCGAAGCCCUGAUGCGGAUGCUCGAUAAUCUGGGUUACAGAACCGGCUACCCGUACCGGUACCCUGCUCUGAGAGAGAAAUCUAAAAAGUACAGCGAUGUGGAGGUUCCCGCGACUGUCACAGGGUACUCCCUUGCUAGUGACGGGGACCCGGGCACUGGCUCCCCUCUCAGACACAGUUUUCAGAAGCAGCAGCGAGAGAAGACAAGAUGGCUGAACUCUGGCCGGGGUGACGAUGCUUCUGAGGAAGGGCAGAACGGAAGCAGUCCCAAGUCGAAGACUAAGGUGUGGACGAACAUUACACACGAUCACGUGAAACCCUUGCUGCAGUCUCUCUCGUCCGGUGUCUGCGUGCCAAGCUGUAUUACCAACUGCUUGUGGACUAAAGAGGAUGGACACAGAACCUCCACCUCUGCUGUCCCUAACCUGUUUGUCCCGCUGAACACUAACCCAAAAGAGGUGCAGGAGAUGAGGAACAAGAUCCGAGAGCAGAACUUGCAGGACAUUAAGACGGCUGGCCCCCAGUCCCAGGUUUUGUGUGGUGUGGUGAUGGACAGGAGCCUCGUCCAGGACGCACCCCUCUCUGACUGUACGGAGACAAUCGAAGGGCUCGAGCUCACAGAGCAGACCUUUAGUCCUGCUAGAUCUCUGUCUUGUAGAAAGGGGGAGCUGGUGACGGCCUCCAAGGCCAUCAUUGAGAAGGAGUACCAGCCGCACGUCAUCGUGAGCACCGCGGGCCCCAACCCCUUCAGCACGCUCACCGACCGGGAGCUGGAGGAAUACCGCAGGGAGGUGCAGCGGAAGCAGAAGGGCCCCGGAGAGAACCUGGAUGAGAGCAGAGAGGAGAAGGAGAAGAGUCCUCCAGAGCCCCCUGCUGGCCCCCACACCCCCCCCAGCACCCCCGUCAAACUUGAGGAAGAGCUGCCGCAGGAGCCCGCCUCCGGAGAGGACAGUGACGCUGCCACCUUCAAGCCGACUCUCCCCGACCUGUCCCCUGAUGAGCCUUCAGAAGCGCUGGGCUUCCCGACACUGGAGGAGGAGGAGGAGGAGGAGGAGGAGGAGGGGCUCUGUGAGGCCCGCGAGCCCCCCAGCCCCGCCAGGUCCCCCCUGGUGGCCAGCCCCGAGCCGGCCUCCACCCAGGCGGCUGAAGAGGCCGCCUCCCCAGCUGCCGAGGAGGGGGCUGCCGUGGACCCUGGCAGCGACGGGUCUCCGGGCAAGUCCCCUUCCAAAAAGAAGAAGAAGUUCCGCACCCCCUCCUUUCUGAAGAAGAGCAAGAAGAGGGGGGACUCCUGAAGGCCCCGUCCUGCGCCAGCCACCGCCCCCAGACCGUCCCCGAGCGUCUCGUGUUGUCUUCCCGUGUGACGGAAUGCGAAAGCCCGCCCCCCUGCGUAGCUCGAGCUCCCCUCGCGGCGACCAGACCCCCACGUACGCCGGUGCUCCCCUCGCGUGCGCACAGCGCCCUGCCCCCGUCCCUCCCGCCUCCCCCCGCAGCCCCCAGUUCUGGGGGAGGCGGAUCCACAUCCCUCCUGUCUGCGCGCCCCCUCUCCCCCCGGGGUGAGAAGUCCUGGCUCCGGCCGGGCAGUUGGAGGCCCUGCCGGCUCUGGCCGUGGCCUCUCUCUCCUUCUGUCGUAAAGUGACCCACGCCGUGUGUCUGCUAGUCUCCCCUUCCCCCCGAGGUCUCAGGCGACUGGAUCUGAGCUGUAGUUGCCGGGUGGCGCCGCCUGCCGGGUGAGCGAGCGCACUCUGCAGAUACAAAGCCUCGGUCCUGUGGAAACCCCUGUGCCUGCCAACGGCCGGGCCCGUGACAGCCCGUGAGCGGGGGUUAGGGCUGAGCCGGAAGCCCCGACAGCAGAGGGGCCCGUGUCCGCCCAGCACAGCCCACGCGUGGUCGCGUUACCCUGAGGCCGGAAACUGGCUCAGGGCUCCCCGUUCCUUACUCGCUGGGGUCUCUAGAUUCCUGUCGUGGGGAAGAUACGUCAAGGUGAGGGUGGGGGUGGGGAAGAGUCCUUUCUCGAAUUUUCCUUCAGUAGGUUUGCAGUUCACCCUACGAUUUUUACCGUGAAUGGGCCACUUUUUAGUUUUCCCUCUGCUCACUUCUCUGGGGGACGUUUUGGACCGAGACGGGGUCUUCUGUUACUUUAACUCUGCCUGAAAGACCCCUCCCCCCCAGGGUUUGGUGAAAGGUGGCCCAACACCAGCCCGGCGGUCCCUCCCUCACUGCUUCCACCAGGCGCUUCGGAGCCUGACUUGCUCUCCUUGUUCGACCUGGUGAUUCUCACUUAACUCCGACCCAAGAAACCACGUGAAGCUGCUUAGCGGGACCGGUGGGUGACCCCGUGCGGGAGCGGACCCGGUGCCACCGCGGCCGGGUCCCACGCUCCUGACACCCAGGCAGGGCCUGAGGCUGGCUGCAUGGCGCUGAUCGCUGCUUCGAGCUUGCUGGCGACCUGCUUUUCUCCCCUGUCAUUUUGUGGCCAUGGUGGCGUCUGGACCCUGCGCCCUCAGCCCGUACUUCAGCGGACCCUGGACUCUCUACCCCUCCCUUUUGUCCCUCACGUGCAACUUUCAUUUCACUUUUGUAGUUUAUUUUAACUCUUUGUAUCACAACACGAAGUUUAGUCGCGUGUAUGGACACAGGCUUGGGAGGGUGGGGCCUCUGUCCUCCGCUGUGACCUGUUUUACUCACAAAUAAAAUUUCUUUAAGCAGUU